AUGGCUGAAGACGCCUCUGCAGGUGGCUGGAGUACCAUCGAAUCAGAUGAAGGCGUCUUUACGUCGUUGAUUGAGCAGUUAGGGGUCAAGGGAGUGCAAUUUGAAGAGUUGAUAUCACUAGACGCAGAUUCCAUACGGGCAUUGAGUCCGGUAUACGGUGUUAUCUUUCUCUUCAAAUGGAUCGGCUCGUCGUCGGAAAACAAGGGAGCGCCGCAGGAUGGAACGUAUGACCCGGCGGCGGUCGAGGAUGAAGGACUACUUUUUGCGGCCCAGACCAUCCAAAACGCCUGCGGCACACAAGCCAUUCUGUCGGUGAUCCUCAACAACGAUCAAUCCAGCGAUGCGUCGUCAUCCGGUGGGGACGCGAGCAGGGCGCGAAUCGAUAUCGGGCCCGCGCUACAAGAGUUUAAGGACUUUACAACGGGCUUCGACGCGGGACUGAGAGGCGAGUCGCUGUCCAAUUCGGAUCUGAUCCGCGAAACACACAACAGCUUUGCUAGAUCCAGUCCGUUCGCGGACGAGACGCAACGCGACCCCAGCGCUGGCACAGAGGACGUCUUUCAUUUCAUAGCCUAUACCUGCCAUCACGGCAAGCUGUAUGAGCUGGAUGGACUGCAGCCAUAUCCGAUCUCGCAUGGUGAUUGCACGCCAGACGAGUUCCCGGAGAAGAUCAUCCCUGUGCUCCAGAGACGAAUCGAGCGGUAUCCCCCGGGCGAAGUGCGGUUCAAUCUGAUGGCCGUCUGUCAAGACUUGAGAAUCAAAGCCCAGGAGUUCCAGGAUUACGAGGCCUUGGCGCGUGAGAGGCGGAAACGUGCCCAAUGGGAUUGGGAAAAUGCCCUGCGCCGGCACAACUUUGUCGGAUUCACGGGCGAGGUGCUAAAGGGAGUGGUGGCCAUGAAACUUAAGGAUGGCACUUAUGAUGCCUGGGUGGAGGAGGCUAAGAAGACGACGGAAAAACGAUUGAGGGAAAGGGCGGAGAGAGGCCAGGAGGCUGCGGCAUGA